AUGUGGUCCACCGCCGCCUCUUGGGUCGCCCUGCUUGCUCUGACCGCGGCCCUCACCCGAUACUACAACCCGGACUUGUUCUACAGACUUACCGGCCGCGCAUUCGCACGAGCGCCACAGCCGCCAGCAGGGUCGGAGAGGCUUCCUGCCAAACGACAGAAGGCGAAGCGGACACAUGCCAGUCAACUGGAGACUAGCAAUAGUGGCACGUCCACCCCAACCAGUGCUAUUGAAGGCAAGGCCAACAAGAGAAGGAAGCUCAUCUCUGCUCCCAUUGAGGAUACGGUUGUCGUUCAGACUACCGAGGGCCAACGGGUGACCCUGCCCCGAGACGAGGAUGAUGGAAUGAGCAAUAAAGAAUUCGCUCAACAGCUUGCUAAAGCGCAGGCUGGCACAAACCUAGAGCCGGCCAAAUCACAGGUAACCAACAAGAAAGAGCGACGUGCUGCCGCAAAGGCUGCGCAAGGAAAGCAAAAUGGUCUAGAAGCUUCAGGGUUGUCCACCGAGACUUCUUCCACCACCGGUCGCGAUGCAGACGAUGAUCUGUCUCCGAUUGGAUCUCCCUCCACUGGUCCUGUGUCGACUGCACCCACCUCCCGGGCUGGUGACGUCUCGGACAUGUUGGAGGCCCCUGCAGCCAAACCUGGCGUUUUGAGAUUGACUGACGUCAAGAAUGAGAGCCCAAAGGCAGCAUCGGGCUCUUCCAAAGCUGCUUUCCAACCUGCCCUGACCAAGAAACAGAGACAGAGACAGGCAAAGGCAACCGAGCGGAAGGCUCUGCGAGAAGAAUCUGAUCGUAUACACGAGCAAAAGAAACAGGCACAACUGCGGACUGCCAGAAUGGCGGACGGAAGCUCCAAUCAAACCAAAGCAAAUUCAUUUACAGUGAAGCAAAAUGCCUGGCAGAGUGGAAAACCAGCUUCGGAGAAGUUGGUCCAGACCACUACCAGCAGCGAAGCUGCACCUCUUUUAGACACCUUUGAAAAGACAAAUAUACCCACAGUCACUGUGAAUGGGUCCGUCACUUCAGAGCCUCUGUCAGAUGUCGUCAACACUGUCCCAGAGGCAACAAGUGUCAGUGAAGUUCAGCAAGACAUCGGGAAAGGCAAGACCAAUGCGCUGGGUGCGUCGGACCGAGAGAAACUUGCAAGACCCGCUCUAGGUAGCCGCCCAAGCUGGGCUGAUGAAGUCAAUGAGGAGGAGCAAGAUAAAUGGGCAAACGAGCUUGCACAAGAAGAGCAAUGGGAAUCUGUGACAAGCAAGAAGGGCAAGAAGAAGGCGAAAAAGGAUCUGAACGACACAAGCAGCGAAACAAGUUCUUCGAUUGCAAAACCGAUGCCAAACAACCAGCCGGUCGUCAACGGCAGUCAAACAAACGGUGUCAAAGCUCGCGUGGAGAACCCGAACCGAUUCCAGUCGAUUGAGCCAGUGACAGAUCCGUCGUUCAAGGAUGCGGAGUGGGAGGCCUGA